UGCGCUCAAGCUUGCGGCUAUGGCGGAGGAGGAGCGCCCCUCGAGAAGCUCCUCGUCGCUCCAUCGCCACGAUUCUGCGAGUCGAAUGAGAUUUUGAUCGCGUCUAUCGCCUUCUUGGAUGGGUGUCUUUGGUAAGGGUUGCUGAUCGCCUCCGCUUGCGUUUUCUAGGGCUCUGCGCGUCGAUCGCGGUGACCUAGCGAAGAAUGCAGCUCUGGAGCGCUCGAAAUAUUGCUGGACGGUAGUUUUUCUUGACGAUCCAGCGAGCAUGGGAAGCUCUGGAAGCGCUGGCGACGAUGGGAAUAUGGCUGGGGUCCGGAAUGGAGAGAACUCGAUUGGUGGAUCGGGAAAUGGUUUCGUGUACUCCAGGCGAAAUGGGAGCUCUCGCGAUCGUCCACGAUCACAAGGGAUUGUGAAUACCAUUGAGAUUGAGAAUGUGAAGCAGCUCUCUCUACCGGACGUUCUUUGCGAUCCUUUCUCAGGAGCGUUCUUAGAGGAUGCCAUGGUUGCUAAAUGUGGUCAUUCUUUCGGGAGUGAUGGAUUGAAACGCGUCGUCCAGACGGGUGUGUGCUUCAUUUGUGCGGCAUCGAUCACUUCAACAGGAUAUUUAACUCCGAAUUUUGCGCUACGUGCAGCUGCAAAAGCAUACUUGCGGGAGCAGAAAGCAAGUCCUGGAUGCGCUAAACGGAAAAGGGAAGAUAAUGGCGAGCAGAGAACUUCUGACUGCAAGAAGCUGAACUCGUCACCGAAGCCCAAAGGUGUCCAAUUCCCAUUUUCGGUGAAUGAUCGCGUGUUCAUUCAGGGCAACAAGCGAACUCCAGAGCGCUUUUGUGGACAAGCCGCCAUAAUCAAGUCCCAAUGCCUGAAUGGAUGGUACCUCGUGAGGACUGUUGAUAGCGGCGAAAGCAUUCGUUUGCAGUACCGUUCACUUCGAAAAAUAGAAGGUCGGCAGCAGCAAAAAGAGCUUGAAGCAAGAGUAUCCAUUCAAUCAAGUGAAGCCAAGAGUGAACAGCAAUGUAAUUAUGUAGCAGAUCGCCAAGAUGAUCACGCACACAAUAAAUCCAUUUGUUCGAGUGUAUCUAUGGUCGUAAAACUGGAAUCUGACCCAGCGGAGAAACCAGAUUUGCAUCCUGAGAUUGACGGAGACAUUCACGGGAAAAUCGAGCCCAGUCCAUGUGUAAAUGACACUAACUUCGCUGUUCCAGGAAUGGAUUGUCUGUCCGACGCAAAUGCAGACAAAGACGCACGGACAACCGAAGGAACAUCUAAACAUAGUUUGCUAGAUGAGUCUGACGAUCGCUAUGCUAAGCUCGAGCCUUCGCCUAGACAGCUGCAGCUUUCGGGAGAGCAGCCAACGUCACCCCACACUUUUGACCGUUCUAGAGCGAGAGGAGACGUCCUUAUGCGUGUGGCGAGAAGAGAGAUGCUCCAGUUUGAAAAGCUGGUCCCGACGAGUCUAUUGAGCUCGUCCUGGAUGGAGCACAGACUUCCAUGGCGAUAUAAAGUCAGGCAGAGCUUUGAGACCAAGGACCUUGGAGUACUGUUACAUGACUUUCGUCAGAACUUGCUGCUAAAUUCAGCCGGUGGAAUGUCCGACGUUGAAUGGGAGAGCGAGUUGGCAGCGGCCACCACCACGGACGACGCUUGGUCGCUGGUGGAUUUAUGGAGGAAGCUAAGAAUGGACGUGUGCGAGCUGCUAGACACAAAGUUGGUGCUCCACAGGUUUGAAACGGAACAAACACCGCGGCUUGACUUUGAAGAGGUGGAGUCGGCAUUCCCCGAGCUGCAAGUUAAAGGAAUCUCGCCCGUCACUGUCAUCGCAGCGAUUAUCCUUGCCAGUGCGAAUGCGAUUGCACGGGGCCAGGAAGACGAGGAAAUUCUAGAGCUUCCUCUGAGGCUUAUCCAGCAGCACGGCCUCAAGCAGCUUUCGUCCAUUAGAGAGGCACUGGAGCGCGAGAAGCGGCACUUGACUGCUCAGCUGACACAUCUAGAAAGCGGCUUCUUAGAGGAGCUUUCGUCAAAGGUCCGUGCAAAGCUACAAACACUUUCGGAUUCUCACGCUACAAAACCAUUGUUUGUAGAGACAAACGAACAGGAACAAAACAAAAGCGGAAGCCUAGCGGAAGCCUACCAGUGAUUUCGAGUGUACAAAAAGAAU